CCUCCAUAAAUGUCAAAUAUGAAAAUAUGAAAAAUUAUUUAGCUGUAAUUGUUAUAUAUAAAUUUGUGAAAUUCAGAAACUUUUAAAACAUGGUAAAUAUUGCUGUGUAAUAAAUAAAAAUGAGUGAAACAUCUGAGCUACAGAAUAAAGAUAUUGGUCCUGGAGUAAUAACAGAACAAGAACGUGAAUUGGCUCAAAAUGCAUUAUCUGAAUUUCAAAAAGGCUCAUAUGCUAAUUGUUUAUCAUAUUUAAAUAAACUGGAAACUCUUAGGCCUAAAGAUUUAAAAGUAAUGCAUAAUAAAGUUGUAGUAGAAUGUUAUAAAAAUGAUUUAAAAAAAACAGAAUUAUUAAGAAAAAGCUUAAAUGCAAUAUGUGGACAAAUGUCUACAAUUGAUUCAACUGAAACCAUAGAUGAUAUUGAAAAAUGUGUUAUGAGGUAUAAUCAAGCAGUUUUAUUAUAUCAUUCAAAACAAUAUAAUGCUGCACUUCAAAUUAUGAAUAGAUUAUUUGCUUUCAUAGAACCUAUGGAAGAAUCAUUAGCACACAAAGUAUGCCUUCUUUUGAUAGAAUUACAUAUAAUAACAGAACAACCAGAUGCAGCAUUAUCUUUAAUUAAUUAUAUAGAAAGUCAACUUAUAUCUACAGAUAAUUCUAAAAUCUCAUCUGUUGACAAAGAAGGUAUAAUUAAAUCUAUAAAGGAACAGAAGGAGCCAAAAAAAGAAGUUGAUACAGCUACAGAUGCAUUCAAAUUAAAAUUAUUAAAAUGCAAAGCUAGAAUAUACCUUAUGAUGCAUCAGUUGAAAUUAUGUAAAAGGGAGUGGAAGACAUUAGUUUCUUUGGGUACACCUGUAAAUAUAUCAACUGUAUUUUUAAAAGCUAAUCUUGAAUAUUUAAGAGGGAAUUACAAGAAAGCUAUUAAAUUAUUAAAUUCUAUAACAUCAGAAAAUUUAGAUUUUAAAACUACUGGAGAAUCUUCCGCUGUGUUAUAUUACAAUAAUAUGGCAUGUUUACAUCUUGCUAUGGGUAAACCAAAUUUAGCAUGUUUUUAUUUAAGAAAAGCUUUACAUGAAAAUAAAUGUGCUCUAGAAAGUGUACAAAUGAAAGAUAGUGAUCCUUUAUCUUUGCAACCAUUAUGUACUCUUGGUGGGAAUAAACAUUAUGAAUUAAUGUACAGUUUAGGUGUAUCUUUAUUGCAUGCAGGACAAGCAUCAGUAGCUUUUGAUUGUUUUAUGGAUGCUUCACAAAAGCUUCAUAAUAAUCCUAAAUUAUGGUUAAGAAUUGCCGAAUGUUGUAUUUAUUGUCAUAAACCGACAAAUGAAAUUGAUUUUAAUAUUCCAAAACGAAGAAAGGAUUUAGUACAAAAAGUUGUUGGUUCAGGAAUUAAUAGAAAAAUUAUUUUAGCUUCUUCUCUUUCCAAAGAUAUAAAAUAUCAUCCUGAAGGUUUUCCUUCUGCUAUACCACAAUUAACAUUGGAAUUUGCAUCUCUAUGUUUAAAGAAUGCAUUAUUUUUAUUACCAAGUAAUAAUGAACUUAAUGUACCAAUUACAACAAUUGCUCACAAUCCACAAACAGUAUCUUUAUCAUUAACAGCUGGUCAUAAUUUAGGCACUCAACAUACUACUUUAAUGUCUCAAACUAUAGCUAUUGAAGCAUUAAAUUUAAAAAUUAGUGUUUUGGCUGCAAGUGCUUAUGUAUGUUUAUGUCUUGGUGAUUAUGUUAUUGCACUUGAACAUGCUAAAGCAUUAUUACAUAUUAAUAAAUUACCUGGAGCAUAUAGAAUGUUGGGAAAUCUUUAUGCAGCAGAAAGUUUGAUAUUAAUGGAUAAAAUUAGUGAAGCCAUUGAAUAUCUUAAACCAGAAAAUAUUCAAGACUUAAAUACUUCUGUACUUAUUCCUGAAAUUCAAGAUAAAGACAAAGAAAAAUCUGAUGAGGUUAUUUCAAAACCUAUAAAAAUGUGGUAUCCGACAACGGUCCCUACGGGUAUUGCUGUACUUCGUUACAAUUUAGCUGUAGCCUAUGCUAUUCGUGGUGAACUUGAUAAGUCUGGAGAAACUUUAAAACAGGUUUGGAUGUCAAAAGGUCCUGAUUGUGAUAUUCCUAUACAUGUAAUAAUGUUAGCCUUAUAUAUAGAAUUACAAUUAGGUCAUGUAGAUAUUUCAAGGUCAAUAAUAAAACAACAUUGUCCACAAUAUCGUUGAUGGUAAAUUUUAUAAUUGUACAAAUUUUCUUUCUAUACAUGUAAAUAAAUGUAUACCAUAUAA